ACUUCCUUUCCUGACGCAAGUGCCCAGCAAGGCUGUUGGACGCCUUUAUUUGUGGCUGCUUUACAGCAAAACUGGAUUUUAUAACGAUUCGAAGUAGACAGACACACCACAGAAUAACGUUCACAAGGACGUAGAUUGACGAUUUUCUUUAGCAAUGUCUCGUUUCUUUGCCACCGGAUCUGACAGUGAGUCAGAGGAGUCCUCAUCUGCCGAUGAGAUCACCCCUAAAGCACCUGGGACUACUUUCAAGCAGUCGUUGCUUCUUAGUGAUGAUGAGGAGGACACUAAGAGAGUGGUGCGCAGCGCCAAAGACAAAAGAUUUGAGGAGUUGACAAACCUCAUCAAGACUAUCCGCAAUGCUAUGAAAAUUCGUGACAUGGCCAAAUGUCUGGAGGAGUUUGAGCAGUUAUGUCGAGCCUUCCUCAAAAGCAAGAAUAUAGUGGACAAAGAGGGUGUUCCUCCUUUCUAUAUCCGUCUUCUGGCCGACCUGGAGGACUAUCUGAACCAGCUUUGGGAGGACAAAGAGGGCAAGAAGAAAAUGAACAAAAACAAUGCAAAAGCCCUCAGUACCCUGCGUCAGAAGAUCCGCAAGUACAACAGAGAUUAUGAAGCAGAAAUAGCUUCAUACAAGGAGAAUCCACAGGAGUCUGCAGAUGAAGAGGAGGAGAAGGAGCCAGGGGACUCUGGAUCCUCUUCUGAGAGUGAGGCAGAGGCAGGCGAUGAAGGCGUAUCAGCCAAGGCCUUCUUGAAGAAAAAGCCUGAGGCUGCCCCAGAGGCCAGCAAGUUCCUCAAGUCUGCCAAGGGAUCUGGGGAUGAGUCCUCCUCUAGCGAUGAAGAUGAUGAUGAUGAAGACUGGGGCUCAGACACUAUAGACAGUGGCAGCGAGAGCUCAGAUGAAGGGGAGGGAAAGAGUGCUUCCCUGGCUGUGGUCUUCCUCAAAAAGACCCAGGAGACCGAGAAGUCCAGUGAAAAGAAGGCCGGGAAGAAGAAGAAGCCCAAGAAGAAAGAGCGGCUAGAGGAGGAGGCUGAGGAAGAGGGAGGAGAGGAGGUUGAGGGAGUCUGGGAGAAGGUGAAGGGAGGCGUCCCUCUGGUCAAGGAAAAGCCCAAGAUGUUUGCCAAAGGCACAGAGAUCAACACAGCAGUGGUGGUGAAGAAGCUGAAUGAGAUCCUGCAAGCAAGAGGCAAAAAGGGCACAGACAGGGCUGCCCAGAUUGAGCUGCUCCAUGCUCUGGCAGCCAUCGCUGCUGAGAAUAACUUGGGCCAAGGCAUCCUGGUCAAGAUUAAGUUCAACAUCAUUGCCUCCCUUUAUGACUACAACCCCAACUUGGCAGCCUUCAUGAAGGCGGAAAUGUGGAAGAAGUGCCUGGACUGUAUAGACGAGCUGCUGGACAUCCUUUUUGAGAACAACAACAUCUUCAUUGGAGAGAACAUUGCAGAAGACAGUGAGAAUCUGGGCAUCUCUGACCAGCCAUUCAGGGUGCGUGGAUGCGUCUUAACAUUGGUGGAGAGGAUGGAUGAAGAGUUCACCAAGAUCAUGCAGAACACUGAUCCCCACUCACAAGAAUAUGUUGACAAUCUGAAAGACGAGGGACGAGUCUGCGGCAUCAUUGACCGACUGCUCACCUACUUGGAGAACAAGGGCAGCACGGAGGAGAUUUGCCGCAUCUACCUGCGCAGGAUCAUGCACACCUACUACAAGUUUGACUACAAGGCCCACCGGCGCAGCCUGGGCCUCCAGGGAGAGUCCAAGUCCGAGCAGGACCAGGAGGAGAGCGAGGGGGAGGACAGCGCUGUGAUCAUGGACCGCCUCUGCAAGUUCAUCUACGCCAAGGAUCGCACCGACCGUAUCCGUACCUGCGCUAUCCUCUGCCACAUCUACCACCACGCUCUGCAUUCCCGCUGGUACCAGGCUCGCGACCUGAUGCUGAUGAGCCACCUUCAGGACAACAUCCAGCACGCUGACCCGCCCGUACAGAUCCUGUACAAUAGAACCAUGGUCCAACUGGGCAUCUGCGCGUUUAGGCAGGGCAUGAUUAAAGAUGCCCACAAUGCCCUGCUGGAUAUCCAGUCAUCUGGCCGCGCCAAGGAGCUCCUGGGUCAGGGUCUGCUCAUGAGGAACAUGCAGGAGAGGAACGCCGAGCAAGAGAAAAUUGAAAAGAGAAGACAAGUGCCAUUCCAUAUGCACAUCAACCUGGAGCUGUUGGAGUGCGUGUACCUGGUGUCUGCCAUGCUGCUGGAAAUUCCCUACAUGGCUGCCCAUGAGUUUGACGCCCGCCGCAGGAUGAUCAGCAAGCAGUUCCAUCACCAGCUCAGGGUUGGAGAGAGGCAGCCGCUUCUGGGACCCCCUGAGAGCAUGAGGGAGCACGUGGUGGCUGCCAGCAAGGCCAUGAAGAUGGGAGACUGGCGAACCUGCCACUCAUUCAUCAUCAAUGAGAAGAUGAACAGUAAGGUCUGGGACCUGUUUCCUGAGACCCAGCGAGUACGCGAGAUGCUUGUCAGGAAGAUCCAGGAGGAGUCACUGAGGACUUAUCUGUUCACAUACAGCAGUGUGUACGACUCCAUCAGCAUGGAGACACUAUCUGAGAUGUUUGAGUUGGAGAUACCCACAGUUCACAGCAUCAUCAGCAAGAUGAUCAUCAACGAGGAGCUGAUGGCAUCACUCGACCAGCCCACACAGACCGUUGUGAUGCACCGCACAGAGCCCACCUCCCUGCAGAACAUGGCUCUGCAGCUGGCUGAGAAACUGGGCAGCUUGGUGGAGAACAACGAGCGCGUCUUCGACCUCAAGCAGGGUGUCUACGGAGGCUACUUCAACAGAGAUCAGAAAGGUGGCUACCAACAGAAGCAGUCCUAUCAGAGAGAUCAAAAAGGUGUUUACCAGCAGAAACAGGGGGGCUACCAGCGAGGCGGCUACAGAAAUCAAAACCAAAGCAACUAUUGAGCUUGGAGCGUGUGGAUUUCAGUCUUGCCACCUGAAUUAGUCUUCAUUCCUUAACAUCCACCACCUGGGUUUCUGUGCUUGGCUGUUUGCUGUUCUCUCUCAUUUAGCUAAAAACUGAUCCUGAAACAGCUGAAAGUCAUUGCAGUACAAGUCCUUCUCACUGCAGCUGCAUAGGGCGAUAUUCCAGUUCUGCCAACUUCUUUGGAUGAACGUGAAGAGUUUUAAGGUUAUUAUUGCUAAUAAAAAAAUUGUACAAUAAAAGGCAUUGCAGUGUGGCUGGCUUGUGGCAGUGCAGUCAGGCGACAGAAGCGUCAAGUAUUGUUGAUUUACACUUUUCAAAUAAACAAUAAUAAAUGAAUAAAA